AUGGCACUAACUCCCCAGACGAUCGCGAUAGCCACAGUGGUGGUGGUUUACUUCCUCGUCCGCUACUUCAACCGCACCGAUGUGCCCAAGAUCAAAGGCCUGCCAGAAAUCCCCGGAGUUCCUAUCUUCGGCAACCUACUGCAGCUGGGCAACAAGCACGCCACAGUGGCCGCGCAAUGGGCAAAAAAGUAUGGGCCAGUCUUUCAGGUCCGAAUGGGCAACAGGCGCGUCGUAUUCGCCAACAGCUUCGACUCAGUGCGCCAGCUUUGGAUCAAGGACCCGUCAGCCCUCAUCUCACGGCCGACCUUCCACACCUUCCACAGCGUCGUCUCCACCUCGCAGGGCUUCACCAUUGGCACCUCACCCUGGGACGAGUCGUGCAAGCGACGCCGCAAGGCCGCCGCCACGGCCCUCAACCGUCCCGCCGUGCAGUCCUACAUGCCCAUCAUCGACCUCGAGAGCACUGCGAGCAUCAGGGAGCUCCUCAAGGACAACAAGGGUGGUUCGGUCGACAUCAACCCCAUCGCCUACUUCCAGCGCUUUGCCCUGAACACCAGCCUGAUGCUGAACUACGGCUUCCGUAUCGAAGGCAAUGUAGAUGACGCCCUGCUCAGAGAGAUAUGCGAUGUCGAGCGCGGCGUGUCCAACUUCCGCUCCACCAGCAACAACUGGCAGGACUACAUCCCACUUCUGCGUAUAUUUCCCAAAAUGAACCGCGAAGCUCAAGACUUCCGCGUCCGCCGCGACAAGUACCUGACCUUCUUGCUGGACAUGCUGAAGGAACGGAUCGCUCAAGGCACCGACAAGCCGUGCAUCACAGGAAACAUUCUCAAGGAUCCCGAGGCUAAGCUUAAUGAGGCCGAGGUCAAGUCCAUCUGCUUGACCAUGGUCUCCGCUGGCCUGGAUACUGUUCCUGGUAACUUGAUCAUGGGAAUCGCAUACCUAGCCUCACCAGAUGGUCAGCGCAUCCAGCAAAGGGCAUACGAGGCAAUCAUGUCCGCGUACCCGAAUGGGGACGCAUGGGAGCGGUGCCUGGUGGAAGAGAACGUGCCCUACGUAACGGCCUUGGUGAAGGAAACGCUGCGCUUCUGGACCGUGAUCCCCAUUUGCCUACCGCGGGUGAGCACCAAGGAGAUUGUAUACAACGGUGCCAGAAUUCCGGCCGGCACGACGUUUUUCAUGAACGCAUAUGCCGCCGAUUAUGACGACUCCCACUUCAACAACCCAUAUCGCUUCAUCCCCGAGCGAUAUCUCGACCAGGGCGAGGGGUCGGGCACAGCACACUACGCCUACGGCGCGGGCUCGCGCAUGUGCGCAGGUUCACACCUGGCAAAUCGCGAGCUCUACACAGCUUACAUCCGUCUGAUUACGGCGUUUACGAUGCACCCGGCCCGCGAUCCGGCCGAUGCGCCGAUUCUUGAUGCUAUUGAGUGUAAUGCUAUCCCUACGGCGCUGACUACGGAGCCGAAGCCCUUUAAGGUGGGAUUCAAAGUGAGGGAUUUGGAGAAGUUAGAGAGAUGGAUUAAGGAGACUGAUGAGCGGACUAGGGGGCUGUAG